GAUAAAAUUUAUCUUUAUCUGUAUACUUAUGAUUUAUAAGAUAAAAAAUAUAACUACAUUCUUCAGUUUUAUUUGUUUGGUGCAUAUUGUUGAAAAUGAAAUUUACUGAUAAUUUUUCGAUGAAAACGAUAAUUAUCUUUGCAACUGUCUUUUUGUCAGUUUAUGCACUGUCCGAUCAAAAUGUAUGGAAUUCAUUUAAGGUAAAUUUCUCUAGAAGUUAUAAAGUAAAAGAAGACAAACUACGUUUUCUAAUAUUUAAAAAAAAUUUGCGUGAAAUUGAAAAACACAAUGUAAAAUACCAUCGCGGGGAAUCCUCCUACUAUUUGAAAAUUACUGAGUUCGCUGACUGGACUGACGAAGAAUUUAAUAGGUUGAUUAAGAGAAAUAAUACUUCCAUAAAUGAGUUGCUUGAAAAUGUUGAACGUAGAGUUAAUUUGGAAGUUAGCGAUGAUGAUCUUCCAACAUCUAUAGAUUGGAGAACGAAAAAUGCCGUUACAUCUGUUAAAAGUGUUUUUGACUUUGAUCUAAUCUGUUGUGCUGGUUACGCUUUCAGUGCUUGCGGAUCACUUGAAGGACAACUUGCCAUACAUAGCAAUCAGCUUGUCAACCUAAGUGCACAAGAACUGUUGGACUGUUCUAGUUGGAACCAAGGAUGUGAAAGUGGAAUGGCGACUUGGUCGUUUUAUGACGUAGAAGCACAAGGUUUAUGCUCAGAAGAGCAAUAUCCAUAUAAAGGUCUCGAUGCAGACUGUUUAAAAGAUGUAAUCACAAGUCCAACUCUUGCUAAAACUAAAGAGCAUGUAGAACUCAAUGCAAAUGAAACUACGCUUUAUAAUGCUGUGGCUACUAUUGGACCAAUAAGUUCUCUUAUCAAUGGUACUAACUUACGAUUUUUUGGAGGUGGAAUUUACGAUGCCGAGUGCGAAGGUUUUCCAAAUAUAGACGUUCUUGUUGUCGGAUAUGACACCAGUGAUGGAGUAGAUUAUUGGAUUUUAAAAAAUUCAUGGGGUAUCUCAUGGGGGGAAGAAGGUUAUAUUAGGAUACCUCGUAAUAAAAAUCAGUGUGGAAUUAUGUACCUGAAUUCUUAUCCAGUAUUAAAUUAGCAAAUAAUACGACUACAGUCGGAAAAAUGAAAGAAUACCCAUGAACGAUCACAUCAAUCACUUAUUUUGUAUUUGCUGUGCUUUUCUAUAAAUAACAAACGUUUGUUAUAGAAAAAGACAGCAAAUACAAAAUAAGUAAUUGAUGUGAUCGUUCAUCGACAUUCUUUCAUUUUUCCGACUGUAGAUAAUAUAAAUUCAUGUCUGUUAAAAAGCUCUUUUAAUAAAAUAUAAUAUAUUAUAGAAAAA